AUGACGCCAGACGAGAGCUCCGUUGUGCAUUCGAUCGGGCAAGACCUGGUGCAGGGAUUCGUCGCCAUCGCCCACGAGACGCUUUGGCUAGGCAUCUACGGCACGGUGGUGGUCCAAGCCUGUCUCGUGCUUCUCUCGAAGAAACGCCGCGGCGUGCGCGGGUCGCAGGUGAACCUCGCGGCGGUCAUCGCGAUGUUCGCCAUUGCGACCGUGCAGUGGGCGCUCGACCUCGCCGGCUUCAUCAUCGAGGGCAAGAUGACGCUCAUCGAGAAUCCGGACGCCGACAUCGGCGUCAAGUACGGCGAUGCCUCGGGCGUCAUCUUCAAGAUCGUCGCUGCUCAGGCGGCGAUCUAUGGGUAUAUGGCGUUGCUCGGGGAUGCGAUCAUCAUCCACCGCGCGUGGAAGCUCAAGGCAACCCACCAUGUCUGGAUAUUCGCUGUCCCUGUCUUCUAUGGCUCGGCUCUGUCGACGGAAACAGUCGCGACGUUGCUACUCACCUACUGCGUCGCCACAAUCGGCUCCGAUAUCGUCCUGGGCAACUUCACACACCCCGCGUUUUGCAGGAACGUCCAGCUGGUGACGUACGUGAUGCCCUGUGCCACGACGGCCGUCGCGACGGCGCUGAUUGGGGCCAUGGCGUUGAAAUUCGCGCGGACGAGGAAGAGCAUCGGUCAUGUCGACCGAGUCAGCAGCGUCGGGACAGUACACAAGAGCCCGGCGUGGUAUGUUCUGCUGCUCCUGGUCGAAUCGGGCGUCCUUUAUUUUUUAUUCUUCCUCAUUCAAGUGAUCGAAGUUGCUCCGGUCGUGCACAACUGGCUCGCUGCAAAUGCGGGCCUGUCACUCGCUUUCAAGAUGUUCGUGUACGCGUCGAGCGUGUUUAUCGGCAUCUACCCGACAAUCCUCAUCGUCCUCGCGCACUCCGAUACG